UCUUUUCUAUUGUCUGUGUAAGAUUCAAUUUACAAAUAAGGAAAUUAGUACUUUGUUGAUUUACUAUUUAGUACCAUUCAACCUGUCCAUUUCAGGUCUGAUGCAUUGGAAAUUCCAACUUUCGUUUUCGUUUUGUACAAUUUCAAUUAAGAAUGUCGAGGAUACCAGAUUACGCUCACAAUUUAUCACUUAAAAUGUCUCAAGUGAUGGAUGGGAUUGGUAUAAACGAGAAGAUUGUGAUGAAAAGAAGAAAAGCAAUGCUACUGAAUGAAUCAAUAUUGACGUUAACUCAGCAGCUACGCGGUAAUGAUGUGAAUAUGUUCAACUUCGGUAGUCAAAUAGAAGGUACAACAACUCUAGGAUUACAGUCUGACACAGAUUGUGUUAUAUCUAUGAACACAUAUAAUGUGAUACAAGACUGGAGUGAAUGGGAAUAUGGUAAACGUAAUUUGUUGAUGAUACAAGAUGAGAAUGUCUCACCAGGAUAUUGCUUGUUACAAGAGUUAAGAGAUGAUGCUCCACUACCAGAAGUAGUUGAAGUUAAUGAUCAUUCAUAUAGGGACAGAAUGGGGAGAAUAUUGUUAAAAAAUACAAUAUUCAAUUCUGUUGGAAAUAAUGAAUUAUUGAGACACGGCCCAGCCCAUUCUCAACAAGACGUUCCUGGGGUCAAUGAUAAUGAUUUUGUUCCUGCUUUUCCCUCUCGGUUAUACCCAGUUAAAGCAAGUCACUGGUUAUGUCAACAUAGAGAAGAGCAUUGGCCUACAAAUGAUAUGAUACAGUACUGUAGAAACAUGCGAUGUUUUGUUGUUGGCGUUGGAAAAACAGGAAGUGUAAAUGAAAUACUUGAAUGGAGAAUAUCUACAUCAUUUGCAGAGAGAUUUUUAAUGUUUACUCUUAAUAUUACACAAAUCAGGUGUUAUGUUUUGAUGAAAAUGAUUCUGAAAACAUUUAUAUCUCAAAGAUUCCCCGACAGCAUUUCAAGUUUUAUAUGUAAAACAGUUUUGUUACAUUGCAUUUCAUUUACAAGAUCUGAUUCAUGGAAUGAAAAUACCCAUUUUAUUUGUCUAUCAUUUUGUUUAUCAACACUUUACAACUGUGUUCAAAAUGAAUACUGUCCUCAUUUCGUCAUCACACAAAACAACUUAUUGAGCGGGCGAAUUUCUCCGGAAUCGAAGCCGUUAAUACUUGAAACUCUUCGUUAUGUUAUUGAAAGUUAUGGAAGGGCAUUACUCGAAAUUGAAUGCGACAACUUUGGAAUAUGUCUGCAGUCAAGUUUAAAUGGUUUUAUACAAAUAAAUGAACAUGUUAUACCAACUAGAAUAGCUGGACUUUUGCUAAAUAAUACUGCCCUUUUUAUGAAUGAAAGUUUCAAAUCCUUCUUACAUGAAAUGAAAGAUUUAUCACCACGAAUUGCCACGCAAAAACUUUUAACAAUUAUUGCAAAUCACCAUAAUGAGAAUACAAAAGCUAACCGCUUGAUAACAAGACAUUUAUGUAGUUCAAUUGGAUCUAUUCUAGCUUCUUUAAACAUUUACCAACAAGACCAUUUAACAUACAAAAAGGCUCUUUCAUUCCUGUCAUUAGGACUUGACUCCGAUGUAGCAUCUGGUAAACUGAAACUAGCAUCUGUUUUCUAUUGUACCGGAGAUAUUGAGAGGACUGAACAUAUCCUGAAAAAUAUUGAGGAGUGUUAUGAUCUAAGUGUUGUUGAACCAGUGUGUACGUGUUACGUUUUCAAAAUGUCUCCACGAAGAGAUGGUUUCGACAGAUUAUGUUAUGAAUCAAAUGAAGAAUGCACGUUGCUUAAAUAUAUAACAGCAUUAUGUGUCUGUUUUAUACGAUGUGAAAUAAACUGUUGUCCAUUUGAACUUCAACAUGAAAUGUUUAGAUCAACACAGGAAGACCUUGCUUACAGAAGUGAAGAUGAUGAAUGGAUGGACAUGGCUGUUGUAGAUUCUCUCCCUUAUCUCUAUUUCAUGCAGUACAAGAUAUAUUCCCAUCUAGGAAAGCAAGAUGAUAAACAGAGAGCUCUCUCUAACAUUGCCAGAACCAUUGAUAAUGAACCAAAUCUCGGACAUAAGGAAACAGCACUCAAUCUUCUAGGUCAGUGUAUGGAAGAAGAGAAUAAUCUAGGAAAUGCUUUCAAAUGUUAUGCACGUUCCCUUCAGAUUAGAAGACGAAAUAAUUCGGCCAAAUUCCAUAUUUGUAAGCUGUUAAACAAAUUGAUCAAUAACUAGUAUUCACGUGAUUUGCAAGAACUGUAUAAUUGCAUCAUCACCAAUCGAAGAUGUCUUGAAGAAAUAAAAUACACCAGUGUUACCUUGUUCAAUUGCCAGAUUCAUUAAUGCGAACCGAGUUUCGAACAUAAAAGUGAUACAGCCCUUUAAAUUAUAAAACAGUGUAACUUUUAAACAAUGCUAUAAAAAUGUUAUGCUAUCCCUGAAGAUACGAGGACGGAAUAAUUUGGCAAAAAGUCAUAUUUGUGAUCUUAUCAUGACAGUUAUUGAUUUAAACUUAAUAAUAUAUGAUUUGAUGAGAAAAUCGUUGAAAUAGUCCUAAAUAGAGUAAUUGCUAUCGAAUAAGUCAUUAGAAUAUAUACGAAAGAUACUACACUCAACGUAUCUUUGUUUGAAGUUUUUUUUCUGAUGUUUAUCUUCUAUUUGAAUUUCAAAUUCUCAUUACGUAUUUAUUAAUCAUAAAUUUUACGAAAAUCAUGAACUUUUAAGAUUCAUUUUUAAAACAUUGCAAUGUGUUUGCAGUAUACACGUUUAUUCAUUUUUACAUCGGAUAAUUGAGCAUAAUGAGUGACUACCAAAUACCAUAUAUAAACGUAUGGUGCAUGAACAUAUUGAGCAUAAUGUGUGACUAUACAAUACAUUUUGGUGCAUAAAUGUACUGAGCAUAAUUAGUGACAUCAAUAUGUUAUAUAUGAACGAUUGAAGCAUAAAUGAUUUGAGCAAAAUGUGUUACUACACGACACUUUAUAAUAACAUAUUGAGCUUUAACGUAUUGUGACUACACAAUACUAUACAUAAACGCAUUAUAAACAUUGAUGUCCUUGAUAAUUAGCAUUAAGAUAUUGAGCAUAAUGUGUGACUAUACAAUACUUUAUAUAAACGUUUUGAUGUAUAAGGUAUUAAGCAUAAUGAGUGACUCCACGAUACCAUAUAUAAACGUACCGGGCAUAACAUAUUGAGCAUAAUGUGUGACUAGACAAUACCAUAAGUAUAUAAAUGCAUUGAGUAAAACAUAUUGAGAUUAUAUACAAUACCAUACAUAAUCGCAUUAAAUAUCUUAAUAUCCUUGUUGUGUGUACAUUAUGUUUCCUGUUU